AUGGCGCAGAGCUUCCACAGAAUGUAUGACUAUUCAGCAACGGACUUCACAUCUACUGCUGAUAUUGUUCACCAAAACAUCAAUAUCAUGCCGUGCCCAACAUGCAAGGGCAGUUAUGGAUUCUCAAGGAGUCACAAAGUAUGUCCGACCUGCAACGGGAAAAAAUACGUCGAAAAAACAGCAACUCCUCCAGGAAACAAUCAACGGCAGCCCACCUACGGCAGUGGGACUUUCUACGGUAGUCAUCUUGGUGGCCACACCGAGCAAGGUGGUCAAGCCCAAUAUGGCGGUCAAGGCCAUCAUGGUGGUCAAGGCCAAUAUGGUACUCAAGGCCAAUAUGGUGGCGAUGCUGACUACGUCGACCAAAUGGACGACUAUGACCCACAAAACUACGGCGACUCAGCAGAAUACAACGUCCAAAUACCUUACGCAGACGAAGCAUCACAGGCUGGGUCUAGCUCGAGGCAUGAAACCGCACCAGCAAGAGAGAGGAAGGAGAGGAAGUCCAGCUCCAAGAGAGAUAAGAAGACCAAGAAGGCCAGGUAG